GAGUUGGGACCUGCCUUCUUAAAACUUCUAGCCGAAUCAGGUUUUGGAUCUCUUUCGCUUCGAAACUCGGACCACGCCAGUUCACGAGAACCAGUCAUGGUUUUCCUUUCUUCUAGUUGAGCUUGGGCAGGGCCUGGGAUCUGAGGAGCGAGGGCGCCGCCACGCCGCGAUGGAGCAACGCAACCCCUCUCCCUCCCCCGUCCGCGUCCUCGUCCGCCCUCCGCCUUCCGCUGCCUCCACGUCGGCCGCUUCUCCUCCUACCUCCAACCCCCCGAUCCCGCCUCCCCCAAAUCCCCCCUUCUCCUCCGCCACCGCUUCCGCCGCCGGCGCUGCUCCUCCUCCCGACGGUGUCGUGGUGGUGGGAUUCCUCGGAAGCAGGGCCACCACCGACGUCUCCCAUCUUAUCAACCGGAUCCUCGACGCCAACGUUUUCUGCUCCGGCGGCCUCGAUAAGGAUCUUUUCCACCCCCGCUCCGAUGGGGUCGGCCAAGAAGAGGAGUGGUUCCGGCGACGAAGGAUCAGCUACUACCACGAUGCGGAGAAAGGGAUGGUCUUCCUGCAGUUCUCGUCGUCUUUAUCGCUGCUGUCGUUGCUGGCCUCGUCUCAAACAGAUGGUGGGGGAGAUGGUUCCGCAUCGAUCUUGGAGCAAUCCGAAGCCGAGGAUCUCCGUGGGAUGCUCUUCAUGUUCUCUGUUUGCCAUGUGAUUAUAUUUAUUCACGAGGGUCUGAGAUUUGAUACCCAAAUUUUAAAAAAAUUUCGGAUGCUACAAGCUGCGAAGCAUGCUCUGGCACCAUUUCUGAGGUCCCAAAUCGCUCCAACAUUAACAAAAUCACCUUCCUCUGUUUCACUGCGAAUGGCUCAGAGAGCCUCUUCUGUCUCUCCUCCAGGCCGACGUGGUGGGACCUCGAACCGACAUGGCUCGGCAAUUUCUUUAAUGUCGGGUACAGGCUCUCAUCCACUACUGCUGCCAGGGCAGUGUACUCCCGUCAUUCUCUUUGUUUUCAAUGAUGAAAUAUUGGAUGGAGCAAAUCCAGCAAGCAAUGUGGAGGACUCCUCUGAUGCCUCAUCACUAAAUCAGCCCCCCAGCAUGGGUGGAUUGCCAAGGCCAAGCUUGAACUUGAAAGGUACUGGUUCUGUGGUCAUGCUAGCACGUCCUGCAAGUAAAAUUGAAGGCAGUUACAGGAAGAAGCUGCAAUCGUCUCUGGAGGCACAGAUCCGUUUUUUGAUCAAGAAAUGCCGCACGCUUGUUGGUGCAGAAUCUAGUCAUGUUGGUUCAAGAGGCGUUGGUCAUGUGAGCUCCUUUCCCCUGUUUUCUCUUGAUGCAUCAAGGGUUGUGGCAUUGUUGGACAGGUCUGAGAACCAGAGAGGCGGAUCCUUGGAUUUUGUUACAGGUCUUUUGGAGGAGGCUCUUAAUUCAAAAACUGUCUUGGAUAUAUUUUCACUUGAAAACCAUUGCCAGUCUUUGAAUAAUGAGGACAUUCAGUUGAUAAAGGAUUUUAUAUUUAGGCACUCUGAUACUCUAAGAGGGAGAGGAGGCCUGCCAAGUAAUGCUAACAGUGGCGGGGCUGCUGGUGUUGGGAUGGUAGCUGCAGCAGCAGCUGCAGCGGCAGCAUCGGCUGCAGCAGGAAAGCCGGUUCGUGUCCCUGAACUCCCAAGUUUAGAAAACUGGCUGUCUUUGAGUAAUGUGAUUCUUGAUUCCUUGCUAUCUGUAAAAAAUGGCUCUAUGAAUGAAAUUGGAAACAUGAAAAAAAUACAUUGUCAAAGAAGUGCAAAUGAGACACAGGAUGAGCAGUUUUCUGCACCUGGAACCAAUGCUAUUGAAGCUGCAAUUUCUUGUUUGGAAAGUAGUAAGGGCCUUAACAUGAAGUUUUCUAUAUCUUGGUGUCAAAGAGCUCUUCCAGCUGCUAAGGAGGUUUACCUGAAAGACUUGCCUGCAUGUUACCCGACUACUUUGCAUAAAGCACAAUUGGAGAGAGCUUUGCAAGCAUUUCACUCGAUGGUCAAGGGACCAGCCGUCCAAUUAUUUUCAAAGAAGCUGGAAGAUCAAUGCACAUCAAUAUGGGAAUCAGGAAGGCAACUAUGCGAUGCCGUCAGCCUAACAGGAAAGCCGUGCAUGCAUCAGAGACAUGAUGUUAAGACCUGUGAUUCACUGUCAGCAGUUGAGAAGCAACACUCCAGUGGAUAUGUUUUUCUUCAUGCCUGUGCUUGUGGUCGCUCAAGGCGCCUUCGAGAUGAUCCUUUUGACUUUGACAGUGCUAAUAUCACAUUCAAUUGUUUUGCAAAUUGUGAGAAUCUUCUUCCAUCUCUCAUACUUCCAAGAGGAGGUAAUGCAGGAUCUCUUCCUCUGAACUCAUGGCAUUUGAUGCGCCUCGGAGGUGCAAGAUAUCAUAAGCCAUCAAAAGGCUUACUUCAAACUGGAUUCUGCUCUAGUGAAAAAUAUUUAUUUAAAUGGACAAUUUCACUGGAGAGAGAGAAGGAUACAAACAGCUUUCCUGUUGGUGUUACUGGCAGAAGUUCUGUAGUAAGCACAACUCCUGAUCUCAAGCAUGUUUCUAUUGUGGAUGGAGAAGUGAAGAAAUCUGGAACUGCUGAGUUUCUUAGAGAAGAUAAGCAUGGAGGAUCAGAAAAUCAGAAAAAAACAGUUAGAGGUGCUCUGCUCUGAUGACUCAAGUAUCAGUUUUGGCAAAGGUCUUCCAUCUUUUAAUAUGAAGAAGCCUUUUUCUGAGGUUGUCGCAGGCACCAUUGCCACAGAUUCAACAUUCCCUAGUCUUCAGCAGAGUAAGCAACCAAAAAGUAAUGCAGAAAAAAGUGUGAGGCUAGUGACUUCAGCUGAUAAAACUGAUGAUCAAGUCCAUGUAGCUGAUAGUCAUCAAGGACCUCAAAGAGGUGAUCAUAUUUCUGUUCAGGAAAGCACACACAGACAAGAGCCUAACCUUCACAAUGCUAGCAACCCCUUUUUACAGAUAGGAAGUAAUAUAGUGCCAGUAAACUUAGGCAGUGAAAAAAUUAAAUCAAAUAAUUCUUUGAAGCAGGUAGUUGUAUAUGUUGGGUUCGAACAUGAGUGCUCCUAUGGACACCGCUUCUUGUUGUCUCCGGAGCAUCUGAAGGAGCUUGACCCUGCCUAUUCAUUUCCUGAGAAAUUGCAUUCGUCUACUGAUGAUUCUGAUGGAAAUAUAGAAAAUAAGUACAGUUUGCAUGAUAAAAUUCUUCAUAAGUCAUCUGGAACAAUGUCUACUGCUGUAAAUAAUAGGAAAAAAGGUAAUAGAUCCACAGAACUAGCAGUUAAAUAUAAUCAACAAAAUGAUAGACUCACGCAUUCCUCCAGAUCAGACAUGGAAAAGUUGCCAUCUGUGCUUGGGCUUUCCAUACCUGCUGACUCUAUGGGAAAACUUGAAGGGAAUCCUCCGCAUGUUAGACUGGAUGAUGGUGGAAGUGCAUUCACUCUGUUAAACAGGAAAUUGCCUGUAUACAUGAAUUGUCCUCACUGCAAGAACUCUACAAGACAGGACCACCAGAAGAUCAAAUUUGCAAGUACUGUAUCACAGCUGCAACGGAUUUUUCUGGUAACUCCCCCUUUUCCUACUGUUUUAGCAACAUACCCAGUAAUCCAAUUUGAGGACUCUUGCCUGCCUCAAUCUAUUUCUGAUCGUGAACAGCAAUCACGGUUCACUCUUGGUUGUCGAGUUAUCCUACCACCUGAGAGCUUUCUUACAUUAAGACUCCCGUUUGUUUAUGGUGUUCAAAUGGAUGAUGGAAAUCUAUGUCCACUCAACCACCUCGAGCAUCAACCAGAGCUCACAGCAUGGCUUGUUGAAGGCACAGCUUUGCAGGUUGUCUCAGUGGAACAUGAAUAUGAUAAGGAAAUUCCUAUGCAGUAAGAACUUAAGGGAAAUAAAUUUUGACAUCUUUUGAUUUGUAAAGCAGAGUGGAGGCUUCAAGUAUAGCUCUGCUUAGUCUGAGAACAUUAUCAGAUCUUUAGCUAUUUGUGGAUAUGAGGUUGCGGAGUCUUGAUUGAGCCUAUUCCACUCUGCAGUGAACAAAAAGCAGAUUGAAGCUUCUCCGUGUCACAAGAAGCAUGGUUUGCAAAUGGUGAGGCAUGCCCUACUGGUAUCGGUUGAGGAUUUCAAUAUUAGCACUAUCCAUGGGCAAUUGCUUCAAGGAAACCAAGGCAAGGACACUUAUAAGUUCUAUUGUAAUAAUUAAAGUAUUGUGGUAGCUGGCUGUGGUUGGCUUUUGACAUUGAUUUGCCAUUGAAGGGCUCACAAUUGAUAGGGCAUCUCCAUAUGUCAGAUUGUUCUCUGUGGCUGCUCGAAAAUUACAGAAGCCAGAGAUCUGAUUAGAGAUCUUAAAAGGACCAUGUUUCUUACCAGCUCAAUUUCUUCAGUUCCAAGGCCUGUGUAUCAGUUGAGUGAAUUCACUGGCUUGUGCAUUCAGAGGGAUAUAACUGCAACCCAGGAUUUGGGUUAUUGAAUACUGAUUACAACCUUUCAGGUGCUCAGUUGCUAGGCUGGGAUUUGCUAGUCGCUGCUAUAUGCUGCAACUGUUUGAGAAUCUCAACUUGUUGAAGACAUGUCAACACAUAACUGUUUUAUUAACUGUUUUCUUCGAAAUAUUCUGGUAUAUUCAAUUGAGUCGUGGAUGGCAUUAGGUCCUUACUUUAACUUUAGGAGUCCAUAUGAACGGACAUAGAAAAGCAAGGAAUGCGUCCUCCAACUGGAGAUGGUUGAAAAUCCUGGACGCUAAAAUAAUGUAUGCAAUAUUGGCAUCGCAUGGUAUAUGCUUCUUGUCAAAUUGGUGCUUACCUGAAAUUGUACUUUAUGGAUCUCUCAGGCUUAAGAGUUUAACGAUGGUUGGGCUUUACUUAAA